CCCGCGUGCAAAAAGCGGUCAGCACUUAGUCGUAUUCUAUUUGCAACGAGUCAGGUAACUGGUUAGCCAUGGUGCUAUUGAAGAUCUGCUUAGUUUUAUGUUUUCUUCACAACAUGCAGUUGACGUCGACGGCAGCUGCCGUAUCAGAAGGAGACGUUCGACUUGUCAAUGGACGUACUUCACAUGAGGGCAGAGUGGAAAUCUAUCACAAUGGUCAGUGGGGAACAGUGUGCGAUGACGAUUGGGAUUUGCUCGAUGCGGAUGUGGUGUGUAAGCAACUGGGUUACACUGGCGCUAGUCAGUACGCUUCUGAGGCAUUUUACGGACAAGGCAGCGGGACAAUAUGGAUGGACGACGUUGCGUGCAGAUCGUCAAAUUUUCGUCUGGAAUCUUGCAGUUUCUCAGGUUGGGGCAUAGAAAACUGCGACCACUCGGAAGAUGCGGGUGUGAUCUGCGCAGCUGCCGUAUCAGAAGGAGACGUUCGACUUGUCAAUGGACGUACUUCACAUGAGGGCAGAGUGGAAAUCUAUCACAAUGGUCAGUGGGGAACGGUGUGCGAUGACGAAUGGGAUUUGCUCGAUGCGGAUGUGGUGUGUAAGCAACUGGGUUACACUGGCGCUAGUCAGUACGCUUCUGAGGCAUUUUACGGACAAGGCAGCGGGAAAAUAUGGAUGGACGACGUUAGGUGCAGAUCGUCGAAUUUACGUCUGGGAUCUUGCAGUUUCUCAGGUUGGGGCAUAGAAAACUGCGACCACUCGGAAGAUGCGGGUGUGAUCUGCGACCAUUUACCCGAUUAUCCCACUACUGACGCAGUGACAACAUCUACUCCAUCAUCAUCCAAGACGGUCACUCGCUCCUACUAUCCAACAGCAGUUGCCGUAUCAGAAGGAGACGUUCGACUUGUCAAUGGACAUACUUCAUAUAGUGGCAGGGUGGAAAUCUAUCACAAUGGUCAGUGGGGAACAGUAUGCGAUAACGGUUGGGAUUUAACCGAUGCGAAUGUGGUGUGUAAGCAACUGGGUUACACUGGCGCUCGUCAUUACACUUCUGGGGCAUCUUACGGACAAGGCAGCGGGAAAAUAUGGAUGGACAGAGUUGGAUGCAGAUCGUGGGAUUCACGUUUGGGAUCUUGCAGAUUCACAGGUUGGAACAAUAACAACUGCGACCACUCGAAAGAUGCGGGCGUGAGCUGCGACGCUUUAUCCGAUUAUCCCACUACUGACGCAGUGACAACAUCCGCAUCCACAACGGUCAGUCGCCCCUGCUAUCCAACAGAGUCCUAUCGUGCCGACGGAAGUGUGAGACUUGCUGACGGGUACUCUCCAAAUGAAGGUCGAGUGGAAAUAUAUCACAAUGCUGAAUGGGGAACAGUAUGCUAUGACUUGUGGACUUCAACUAACGGACUAGUGGUUUGUAAGCAACUGGGAUACAAAUACCACGUCAGGAGCUAUACGCUAUCUAAUAGACCAGGUAGUGGGAGAGUAUGGAUGGACAAUGUGGCAUGCAGUGGAAGCGACUUAAGAUUGCAGGAUUGCUCAUUUGCUGGUUGGGGACAUCACAAUUGUGAUCCUAACGAAGACGUAAGAGUAAUGUGUGAUGCAUCUGAAGGUGAUAUUCGACUUGUUCAUGGAUAUAAUGCCAUCGAUGGAAGGGUUGAAAUUUAUCACAGAGGGGAGUGGGGAGCCGUGUGCAGAGAAGGUUGGGAUAAUACUGAUGCGAACGUGGUGUGUAAGCAAUUGGGUUACACUGGCGCUAAUAGUGUCGCUACUGGCUCGUUAUUCGGACCAGGCUGCGGAAGAAUAUGGUUAAACAAUGUGGCGUGCGAUCCGUGGGAUUUACGUUUAGAGCACUGCUCUAGACCCUUUUCAAGAUGGGGCGUUUCCAACUGCGAUGAUUCUGGAUAUGCGGGUGUGAUCUGCGAAGAAUCCAUCUCUGAUACGCCAUCUUACCCUACUGGCUGGUGGUGGUGGACAACAUCUGCAGCAACGCCUAUAAAAGAUGACAAAUCAGUAUCAACUACAACAGUUUAUAUUGCUACAGUCUCUGCAAUAUCGGCUGUAGUUAUAUCUAUAGUUGUUAUUAUUAUAAUCGUCGCUAUCCGGGCAAGAGGCAGACCAGCUGUUAUACGAACACCUGCGACGACAUCAAUAGGACAACCAUCGCAUGUUCAGUCGGUAACGAUUAUUCCUUCUGCGCCUCCGGAAGAGACAUAUCCCUGUGCUCACUUCAAUUCUAAUGAAUCGGGAGCUCCACCUCCGUACGAGACGUCGAUUGCCUAUCCAACCGCUAGUUCAGGCGAAAGUGAACUUUGAUGGAAGGUCGUUAACGGCUCAGCGUGUGAUGCAUCUAAUGACAUUGAUUGUAACUAUGACUGUGACUAUGACGGAGACUAGCGCUCGUAGUUAUAACGGUGUAAAGUGUGCAUUUGUAUUCUAGCGAAAAUAAUAGUAAACGGUUGAUUUUCCAAACACGAUUGGCUUGCGACGCAUGCGCGUCAGUUUCUAUCACA